AUGGUCUACACACACUACUUCCGGGUCCGCGACUGGAGGAGCAAAGAGUGGCAGUCCGCAUGGCCACAACUCGUCCAAGACGUACAGCCCAUCGUCGACGCAGCAGAUGUCCCCAUCACCGGCCCAGACGGGGAAGACGAGGACACCGUCACACCACCCCUGGCAGACGUCGACAAGGGAAUCGAACUCAACGGGGUGGCUGACGGUGGCCAUGAGUGGCUGGUGAUCAACAAGAAGGAAGCGACCAGGUUUUCAUUUGUCAAGACGGUACGAAAGCCGUACGAUGCGGUUGUUGCGUGUGUGUUGUUGCGAGCAUACAUGUUGGCGCCACGGCAGUUUAAGCUCUCGUCGGAUGGAUUCUGGGAUGAACGAGAGUGGAUUGAUGCCCGUCAACUAUACGAGACACUCUGGCCGGAUGAGACUCUCGAAAGCCCAUUUCAAGAGGAAGAAGAGGCAUGAUUCUAUUUACUCUUUCCCGCUGGAUGAAUCAUAGCCGAGAAUGGAUUAAAGAAUUGAAUCUAUUUUCAUUGACUUCUCCGCGGAUCCUGCUGUAGACAAGGCUUGAUUUCAAAUUUAUGCACAGCCCCAGAGGAUACAAAAUGGAUAAUGGGGCCAAACAGCAC